ACCUCCGAAAUCAAAUCCGCAGUCCGUCGCAAGACUGACCACACCCACCUUACGCAUCCACCCCCUAACCCCUACCUAUCCUCUCCACAACCCACCGAAGAUGCCACUCAUGAACACCGACCUCGCCGAAGAAAUCGAAGCCAUCAACGCGAUCUACGACCCAGACACCAUCACAAUCUCCAGCACGGCCACCGCACCCUCCACCCUCGACCUGGGCAGCACCAGCGGCAGCAGCAGCGAACCCACCCAAACAACCCUCAAACUCCAAAUCCCGAACCACCCACACCUCUCCUUCCUCCUCGGCUUCCCCGCAACCUACCCAGACACCCCCCCGCUCAUCCAAGGCACGGCAUCGACCGCCGCCCGCGGCGAAGGCAAACUCGCCGUCGACAUCCUCGCCUCCAUUCUCUCCCGAGUGUACACCGCCGGCUCGGUAUGUCUAUUCGAUCUGAUCUCCGAGGCGGAGACGGCGUUCACGGAGAUCGGCGUCGGCGGGGAGAGUACCACCACCAGCACCAGCAUCACCAGCAUCGAUAACCCAAGCACCGGCACCGGCACCAGCAACAGCAACGAAACCGGGACGAGCGCAGCGCAAGCGCACGAGAAGCCUCCCGCCACGGAAUCGACCACCACGCCCGCGACGCCGCAACUGCACGAGACGUUCGGCCUUCCCGCCCCGCCGGAAUGGAUGCUCUCGGAGGUGAUCACGGAAAAGAAAUCCGUGUUCGUGGGGCGGGCGGCCCGCGUGACGAGUCUGGGCCAGGCGCGAGCGGUGCUGGAUUAUCUGCUCGCGAGCGAGAAGAAGGUCGCGGCCGCGACGCAUAAUAUUAGUGCAUGGAGGAUCAGGGAGAGGAAGAACCCCGGUGGGGCUGGUGGGAGGGGGGAUGCUACGGUAGCAGGGGAUGUGUCGAUUGUGCAGGACUGUGAUGAUGAUGGGGAGACGGCGGCUGGGGGCCGGUUGUUGCAUCUCAUGCAGUUGAUGGAUGUUUGGGAUGUGGUCGUGGUCGUGACGAGGUGGUAUGGGGGGGUGUUGUUGGGGCCGGAUCGGUUUAGGAUCAUCAAUGCGGCGGGGCGGGAUGCGUUGGUUAAGGGGGGUUUUGUGCGGGAGUCGUCGGCUGGGAAUGGGGAAGGGGGCAAGAAGAAGAAGGGGAAGAAGUGAACCUUGAAGGACCUUAGCUGUGGGCUGGGGGCUGAUGUUGGGUCGUGGGGAAUGGGUUUGCUGCGCCGAUUACCGGUCUUGCAUUAUCCAGUCUGCUUCCUGGCGAGGCUUGGACUGGUGCAGCGUUAUCUGCUGCUGCUGCUGCUGCUGCUGCUGCUUGACAUGGACAUGAUAGCAUCCAUGCGUCCUGGCUGGUGGGUUAGCGACAGUCAGCACAAUCUACCCCAGGCCAUCGGGACACCUUCUUUGAUUCAGGGACUUCGGUCGCUGGAAACACCGCUCUCACUGCGCCACAUCCUGAAUCUUACCACAUACGGAUGUUGUGACGGAGGAGCUUGCAACCUUCCGAGCGAGGGUUGUCAAUGCACCCCGGAGGCGGUGGCUGCUGGUCCAGCUGGUAACUCAUGGCGAAAGCGAUGGGCUACAUGUAUGAGAUAACUUGUGACAUGUACACUAAAUACAGGUAGAUAGAACUGUAAUA